AUGACUUCCCACGCUCACAUUCGCAAGGCUCGAGUACACUACGGCACCGUUGGUCCUGUCAAUACUACAGCUGAGCUGAAAUCAGGAGUCAAUAGGGAUUCUUUAAUGCGUGUCAAGGAAGAGUGGAUGGUAGCAGUAAACGGUUGCUGCCACGGCGAGCUGAAUGCGCUCUACGGAAUGAUUGAAAAGCUGGAGCGGCAACAAGACAUAAAAGUGGACCUCCUGAUUUGCUGUGGCGACUUUCAGAGCCUGCGCUCGUCCGACGAUUUGCAAUUCUUUUGUGCACCUCCAAAAUAUAGGACCCUGAAGGACUUUCAUGAAUAUUUCUCCGGAAGCAAGAGGGCGCCCGUCCUCACGGUCGUAGUUGGUGGCAACCACGAGGCCCCAAAUGUCUUUCGCGAGCUCUACUACGGGGGCUGGCUGGCCCCUAACAUCUUCUACUUGGGGCAUUCUGGGGUGGUGAAAGUCGGGGGUCUCCGCAUCGCUGGACUCUCAGGCAUCUACAAUCCGCAUCAUUUUCACCUGGGACACUUUGAAAAGCCGCCGUAUGAUGGAAACAGCGCGCGGAGCGCUUAUCACGUCCGGCAGUUCGAACUGCUGAAGCUGAAUUGUGUACAAGAGCCUGUCGACAUAAUGUUGAGCCAUGACUGGCCAGAGGGGAUCUACAACUUUGGGGAUAGAGAGGGUCUCCUCCGUUGUAAACCGCAUUUCAGGGAGGACAUUGAGAAAAGUUGCUUGGGCAGUCCACCAUCAAUGGCCCUCCUGAAGAGCAUGAAGCCGAGUUUCUGGUUUUGUGGUCAUCUCCACGUGUCCUUCCCGGCCAUCGUUCCUCAUCCUGACGGAUCAAAAACUCUCUUUCUCGCGGCAGAUAAGGUGCUACCGAACCGCCGUUGUCUGCAAGUGCUAGACGUACACCCCAAAAGCACUGCCAAAUAUUUGAAGAGACCUUUACCCCAGACAAACAUUUCUACGCAUCUUACGAUCGAGUAUGACUUGGAGUGGCUGUGCAUCUUGCGGGCGAACCAAAAGAACAUCCCGACCAGUCGGUUUCGCUGCAAGAGCCAGGCAGAGCACUUCGCGGCGACUAGGCAAAUGCACUCAGAAGCAAAAGCACGAUCAGUGGAAGACCCCAGAGACAUCAGGGGGGGAGAAGAUGAGCACGCUGAUGGUGCUGAACAGAAAAUGUCAGAUGGAGAAGAGGUUGGGCCCUUCCCGUGGCCUCACUGGUCAGACCCGCCGUUCCAAGAACUGGAAGCCCAGCGAAAACGUCUCCUUCAAAUAAUCGGACAUGCAGACCGCGAUGUAUUUACAAGUCGUGAGACGCAACCCCAUGCACUAGAGAAGAAACUGCCCAACCUAAACUUUAAUUCAUGA